UCAAUUAAGGGUACGCCAAUAAAAGAUGUUGUUAUACCAGACAGUGCUCAGAAAAGCUUGCUGCUGCAGAAGCACUGUGACUACAUAGCUUCAUAUGGAUCAAAGAAAGAUGAUUACGAGUACUGUAUUACUGAGUACCUUCGUAUGAGUGGGAUGUACUGGGGCCUGACUGUGAUGGACCUGAUGGGACAGCUGAACCGCAUGGACAAAGACCAGGUCCUACAGUUUAUACAGCAGUGUCAGCAUGAGUGUGGUGGGAUCAGUGCCAGUAUAGGUCACGACCCCCACCUCCUCUACACACUUAGUGCCAUACAGAUCCUUACCCUGUAUGAUGCUGUUGACAUGGUAAACGUGGAGAAGGUUGUGGAAUAUGUCCGCUCUCUACAACAGGAUGAUGGCAGUUUCUACGGUGAUAAAUGGGGUGAAGUUGAUACAAGAUUUUCCUUCUGUGCUGUGGCAUGCCUGUCUCUGUUGGGUCGACUGGAUGCGAUAGAUGUGGAUACCACUGUAGAGUUUGUAGUGACCUGUAUGAACUUUGAUGGUGGGUUUGGGUGUCGCCCGGGCAGUGAGUCCCACGCCGGUCAGAUCUACUGCUGUGUGGGGACCCUGGCCAUUACUGGUAACCUUCACCACAUCAAUGCUGACCUCCUUGGCUGGUGGCUUUGUGAACGCCAGCUUCCCUCAGGGGGCCUUAAUGGUCGACCAGAAAAAAUGCCAGAUGUGUGUUACUCCUGGUGGGUGCUUGCUUCUCUCAAAAUCAUCGGCAAGAUCCACUGGAUUGACAAGGAAAAGCUUGAAAAAUUUAUUUUGGCCUGUCAAGAUGAAGAAACAGGAGGUGUAUCUGACAGACCAGGCAAUAUAGUUGACCCGUUCCACACUCUUUUUGGUGUUUGUGGCCUGUCUUUGCUGGGCAAUGAGACCAUCAAACCUGUGAACCCAGUAUAUUGUAUGCCCGAGGAUGUCAUACAGCGAGCAGGCAUUAGACUGGAACUGUUGUGAUCAUCUCACCUAGGGUGUCAUAGCUAUGUGCGUCAUUGAUAAUUUGUGAUAUCUAAGAGGACAUGAUUACACAAAACACUUGUACCCGAGUCGGACACGUGUGAAGGUACUGUCCAGCAGACUGUUACAGCUGUGGGGCUCCAUCUUAGCCUAUGUUGUUGUACAAGUAGAGUUGAGCAACUGUUUACUGGAUCAUUUAGAUAAAAUGUGAGAGGUUACUUACAGGCCAGGCCAAUGUCAGUCAUGUACAUUCCAUUAGAAUGGAUUCCUUCAGAUUGGGGACUUCAAUCUGGUCAUGUCUGGACGAAAGAUUUUGAUUGUAAAUGGACUUUAGGUUGAUUUUAUGUUUGUUAUGAACGAAACCCAUUAUUCUUCAAUAACAAUGUGCAUAGAAAUAUAGAUGUAUCUAAUUCCCUCUUUUAACUCCAGUUGUAAUGUGAUGUAAGAAUGAAUGCUGAUCUACGCAGAUGCUGCCUUUGUAAUGUCCCAAUAAUAGUGUGUAUCAUAAGAUGUUUAGCAGAACAAAAUACAGUGGAACGCUAUAGGGAAAGUAAUAUUCGAUUGUUUACCUUUUUUUGGAAAUCAAAUGUGAAAUACUUAAUUUAAAAAGGAAGGUUAAUGUGAUUCCUCUGUGUAUGUAUGUUAAGAUGAACAAACAUUUGUGUAGAACUUGUUUAUUUUCAUUAAAACAAAUUUAAAUUAUUAGAUAUUAAAGGGUCAAGUUAACACAACUAUUUGUAUGCUAUGACUGUAAUUUAAAAGAUAGAAGUAUUGUAUUUAGUAAUCAAAUCAUAGUCACUGUAAAUAUUCACCAUGUUUUCAGAUAAAUAACAAUUACAGAUAAUGAAUUCCUGGCGAUAAAUAUUGAUUCUGAUACUUGUGUUACUGAGUUUUAAAAUGUUUGUACAUACAUAAUGUAGACAAAAGUAUUUGAUUUUGUUGAUUUGUGAAUAUUGAUGUUGCACAUUACUCCUUUUACACAACUAUUGUGCAGAUUAUUUAUAAUAAAUUAAUUGCCAAAUCUUAUAUAUAGUGGGUGUGUU